GCAGUAUAAUUUAGAUCCAGUGAAGUAAGUUGGAUGGUCGCCAGGCUAAUGAAAGACCUUUAUAUAGUCUAUAGUUCGACCUGCUUUUAUUUAUUUAGAAUCAGUUCAUUAAGCAUGGCAGUCAAAACAGAAACCUGUUGAAUGUUUCUUUCUUCUCUUGUACUGCCCCUUUAAGUCUUUUGCACAGCACAAUAGUCAACAGCAGGGGGCAGUAUAUUCUUCAGAACACAGACAAAUGGUAUCAAACUUUUACAAGCUGCAGAUUUGAUCACGGUUGGUUUUAUGACAGUAUUAGUGCGAAAUUAAGUUUUGGAAGGUGAUUUAUCUGCGAGGUAAAAGUCAAACGAUGGAAGAGACGAAAACAUCUGGCUGCAAUUCUGCCGUGUUCCUGUGCCUGUGUGUUUAAACAUCUGUUUUCUGUUGUGUGAUGCCCCCUUUUGCCCCAGGGCGCAGUGAUUCAAGUUGCUUUCAAACGUUCAGCUGCUCGAGGUUUAACAUGUCUGCCUCGUAACAGUGCCUUUUUCUAGUGCAACACAGUCGUGGUCACAUGACGUGCAGAGGAACACAAGUCUGCUCAGCAUGUUUGCCUGAAUGUGUUCAUCUAAAUGUUGGCAGUCACUAAAGGUCACAGCCUCAUUUGGUAAAACUUGCAACAUAAACUCUCUUGUUGUCACACUGUAAUUUGUGACAACAAACUCUCUCCAGAGAACUGUGUUUGUUCAAGUGCAUCUGUCUAUCCGUCCAUCAAAGGAACAUAUUCAAAAACUCAGUCAGCAACUACCUGUAUAUAUCUGUGAACAAGUAUUUUUAGUUUGCCGGGGCUUAAAUGAGAAUUCUUGAGGGGAGUUCAUGGCCUCCGUUGGGAGUUGCGGGCCCCUGAUCUCCUGAUCCCAGCGGGACAGAGGAGGUUAGACUGGCUGGGAAGGAGGACCCGUCUUUUGAAGUCCAGUUCCCCGGAGAAUCAAUUCCUCUCAUGCUUAACAGCUUCUGUUGCCGCCUGUCUUUGUUCCCAGAUGAUGAGCGUCCUCAAUUUUAUUACAUCUCAACAAAUAGGUUUAUGGAUAUGAGCUCAAGUCAAUGAUUAUAGAAGCUGUGCAUUGCCCUUGAACCAUUUGAGAUUUUACUAUUUAUGCUGAUGUUUGGUCUCUCUAUUUGUGAGUGUUUCACAUGAUCCACGAGCCCCAUAAAUGCCUUUUGUUUCAGGACGCAAGACCAUCAUGAACUCCAGGAUUCUCACAGAUGGCAUGAGCUUUAUUUCCUCAACCAGUCUCCUUCCUGAGUGCCCUGCGCCAAACUCAGUGCUGGAGGAGUCAAGUCCUCCACCAGUUUCUGCUCAUGAAAUCGCCUUUUGCAGACAUGCGGACCCACCUACUGGUGUCUAUUUGUCGUGUAACACUGAAAACCUUGUUUGUGAACAUGAGCCAGUGUCUGCGUGCAUAUGUGGAUGGUAGAAGAGCCAGGUGGGAUUGUGAAGAUGCGUCUGGUGAUUGUCUUGUCAGCUCUGCUUCCCCUCGCGCUCUCGUAUGCCCGGGAUCCACUGGCGUGGCUGUACGGCCCACGGAGCCAGAGCUACUAUAUGGGGUCCCUCCAAGCAGGAUCCAAGUACGAGUGUCCCGCCGAGUGUGACUGCCCGCCGACCUACCCCAUCGCAAUGUUCUGUGAUGGGCGGAGCUUGACCACCAUGCCGAACGUGCCGUCCCACGUCAAGUACCUGUAUCUUCAGAACAAUGCCAUCAAGGCCGUGCCUGAGUCGGCGCUAGACAAUGCCACCAGCCUCGUGUGGCUGAUGUUGCACCACAACCAAGUGACAUCUGAGGGAAUUGGCCCGAAGGCUUUUCGGAAGCUGGAAUCCCUGGAACGCUUGUAUCUGCAGCACAACAACCUGAGCAGCAUCCCCGCCAACCUCCCGCGCUCCCUUCGCGACUUGAGGCUCAAUCAUAACAGGAUUGAGAAGGUAACAGGCGCGGACCUUGAGGGAAUGGAUAACCUCACUGUCCUGUAUCUCCACGACAACGCCAUCACAGACAUGAGCGCGUCACUCAAGGCGCUAACGUCUCUCACCCUGCUGGACAUCAGCAACAACAAGCUGACCAAGGUGCCAAACUCUCUUCCCGGACACCUACACCAGCUGUACGUGGAGUCCAACUCCAUCGACUCUCUUCCAGAAGGCUUCCUGGGUGGCUUCCCUCAGCUGCAGUAUGUGAGGAUGGCCCACAACCUACUGACUGACAAGGGGAUUCCGUCCAACACCUUCAACGUCUCGGGUCUGCUGGAACUGGACCUGAGCUUCAACAAACUGGAGAGAAUCCCUCAAGUCAGCUCCACACUGGAGCACCUCUACCUACAGGCCAACCAGAUCAAAGAGUUCACCCUGGGUAGCUUCUGCACCGUCGUGGAUGUCACCAACUUCUCCAAGCUGCGCACUCUUCGGCUGGACGGGAAUGAGAUCAGCCGUGCAGACAUCCCAUCAGACUCCUCUCUCUGUCUGAGGAUGGCGGCCCACGUUGAGAUCUAAUCCUGAGCUCCACCAACACGGCCAUCCUCCUGACCGUCUUGUUCUUUGAUAACAGAAGGGAAGUGAGUCACAGGAUUCAAAUAAAUGGACAUUGGUGCCGACCUUCCUCUCUGUGAGAACACUGGACAUCAACAUGGUUUGUGUUUUAAGAUGCUUUGUAUCUGUCUGCUGUUCUUUGCUGACACAAACUUGUUCAAACUCCAACUGUCACUCUGAAGCUGACAUACUUCAUCAUUUUCAUGGUCUGGAGCACCGACCAUUCUAAAUAUAAAGUUUGAUUUAGUCACUCGUAUCAGCUUAAGAUUAACUAUAUAGAUUUUUCUGUGAUUUCUGUUGAAUGACAAACAGAACUUAUCUAUGUUCUAAAUGUCCUCAAAUAUUCCCAUAUAAGUUUUUACGCUCAUUUUAAAUAAAGUGGUACAACUUCCACUGAGAUGUCUGUUUACCUGGAUCCUGUGAAACAUUACAGAGGAGCUGCCGCCUCUUAUUUGCCGUCUUUCUAUCUUUAUUUGUCCUGAGGAGUGGAGCGUGUUCAGGAGGUGGCUGCAAGUGUGUCAAGUGUGUCAGUGGACGUUCCACUGACACACUUGCAGCCACUUCAAAGUCCACAGCACCCGAGUGAGCGACAAAAAG